CUCUCUGCUGCACACACAUGCAGAGCAAGUAGCUCCAGGGCAGUUGGGCUACUGUUGAGGUGACCAAGCUGCACAGAAAUGGCUUAUGGAGUUUAUUUGGGGAUCUUGCUGAUGUGCUUAGUUCAAGCAGAGCAUGUAUGCUGUUCAUGGGCUGCACAAGCUCAGAGACUAAACAGCAACACAUAUGUUGGCUUCUCGCAUCAGGAUGGUGGAUUUGGUGGCAGCUAUCCCCAGAAUGAACUCAGACAGGCCUCAGUUUCGCCGCGUUCAGCUCAGAGCGGCAGCUUCAACACAGAGACUGCAGUUAGCGGUGGUUAUAGCCGGGGACUUUCCAGUAGUGGCUACACACAACAUGUUUCACAGCUGGAUAAAAGUGUCUAUGCUUCAGUUGGGUCGGUGCAGAGCAGCUCGGUGUCAAAACCUACCAACUGGCGAAAGGUGACUCUGGUGAAUGCGCAAAAGAUGCCAAAAAAGCAGUUAUUUGGUCUUUCUACUUCUAUUGCUAGUGGAAGUUCUGUGAGUAAGUACAAUGAGAAGAGAAUUCAGCAGGGUGAGCCAAGUACUAGCAAAUAUCUGUCCAGCAGUUCUGCAUCUCUUCAGAGUCCUUCUAGGGAAAGCUACUCCUUCAACUCGGCCUCCCAUCAGUCGGCAGCACAGAAAGCUCCAACUCCCUCGACGUCUUCUAGCCUGUUUGGUGCAGGUGCUCCUCCUCCGCCACACGGAAGACCUGUACAGACGAGAACAUCAUCCAGUGCCCUUGCUAGAAGAGUGUCUUCACGUUGUAGCUCUGUAGCUUCUAAACCUUCCACUUUCUCCUCUCUCCAAAAUGAGUGGAUUGGAAAUGACCCCAGCCAGACCGAGGCUGGAAAACCGUACACAAGCAAACUGUUUCCUGUGAAUGCAGGAAAUGCCCAAGGGAGCUACAAGCCUACUUCCACAUCCCACAUGACCUCGAGCCGCUAUGGCCAAUCUGUUCCAGUGUCCGACAAACCCAGUGCUCCAGCCGGCUUCCAGCCGAGCCGUCUACAGACGUCCACAAGCUACACCUCCGUGGAGCAGAUCCCCAGCAGUACGGGUACAGGCACCUCUGGUCAGCGCUUCGCCCCAACCAGAACCCACAACAUCCCUCAACGCCAUGGUGGCCACCCUAUCAGACGGCUGAAAGAACCUGACCAGAGGGAAGGGAGUGUCAGUAAGCCCCAGCAGGCCUACGUGGCUCCCCUGCAGCCCUACGUGGCUCCCCAGCGGCCGGCUACCCAGCAGGCCUACGUGGCUCCCAAGCAGCUGGCUGCAUCUUACAAGCCACAGGCCCAGAGAGUUCAUCAGGAGACCAAAUGGAAGAGGAUCCGGCUACGUCCGGCACAGUAGCAGGUGCAGCAGGUGUCCUGAGAUGAAUAAUUAGUCUUUUGAAAUAAAAGGUAUUAGAUUUA